AUGGCGAGCGUCAAGAUCGCUUCGCUGUUCCUAAGAACGUUGAGCAAGCCUAUAGCAAAUCGAUUGAAGAAGCAAGCCAAGGUGAGGAAACCGCUCCCCGGGUCGUCGUCGUCGACGAGGAACGUGCUAGUGCAGCUUGACCACGUCAUUCAACGGUGCCGCCUAAUUGAUCUCUCCUUCUUCAAAUGCGAUAUCGGGACAUUUCAAUAAUACAGGAACAUGAACGGUUCCGAGAAAUGACCAUCUCGUUCGCACAAUUCUUGCAUCGGUCGGAAAUGAGGAGUUCGUCAUCUCCGGCUCUCGUCCAUUUGGCGAGCUCGAUGGCUAACUGUCCUCGUUCCAUAUCGUGACAGUGCGAGUCUCUUUGUUGGGAGAAACACAUCCGGUGGUGGUACGACCGCUGAAUGACGCUAGAGCGAUCGACGCUGGCGCCAACUUUAUCUCCGAGACCUUCCUCUUUGCUUUCGCAGCAAGUAUAAGUAAGCUGCCUUUCUAGUGUUACACUGAAGAAUAUCUUUGAAAUGAUUUGGACUGAAGCAAAUGCGCCUACACUACAGUCCUGGCCGAGAACUGGCGAUCAAGACGAGCGGAGGGGAAGCGGCGAGAUCAGGUCCAGGACCAAUUGGAGGCACAUGAGGAACGGCUGGCGCAAUUAUCGUUAGAUCUGGAGAAGGAACGAAAGGAGAGGACUGAGGGGUUGUUGAGAGAGGAGAAAUUGGAGAAUAUCGUUGAACAGGUAAGCAAAUGGUCAACCCUUUCAUUCGGCGGAAACAGCUGAAGAGCUGAUCAGAGUGCUUCAAUUUCAUCAGAUCGUGGAGAUAGGCAUUCGAGGAGGUUUCUUGGUCAAUCCGAGCCCAGCUUGGAUAUCGCACGUCCACGCAGGGGAUAUGGCGAGGUCGCUGGAGAGGUCCGAUCAUACAGUCGCUUGGAGUUCGAACGGACAGGCCGCGAGUACGGUCAUUGCCGAGUUGGAGAAGCUCAAAAGUCGACCAGUGAGGGUGGAUGCGGCAAGCGAAGUGAAUGAUACCAAGCAUUAA